UCCAAAUCUUUAAAAAAAUCCAAAGUCUAGUUUACAAACUGAUUAACACACCAAAUUUCUUUUAUUAUUCCCUGAUCAACGGCCAAAGUUUAAACAUAUUUCUUUACCCUUAUUUAUUUUUAGAUAGUUAUCAAUUACCUAUAUAUUUCCACAUAAUUUUAUUCACCCUUCUGUCCAAACACAUUUUUGUUUUUUAUAAAUUUUGUUUGAAAUUAUUUUUUAAUUAAAAAUAAUUUUUAGAUUUUUAAAAUUUCAACAAUGAUCUACAAUAAUAAUUAUUUAAAAAAUAUUCCAAAAUACUUUCCAUCAAUUUUCCGAUUUUAUUUAAUUAUUUAUUUCGCCCUACAUUCUGUUAAAGCCGAGCAGAGGAUUGUCGAAGAACCCGAGGAUACUGUAGCCAGAAUUGGAGAGACUGUUUUACUUAAAUGUAGAGUUCAAAAUCAGAAAGGACAUGUUUACUGGAUGAAAGGAGAAGUAGGUCUAGGCCAUAAACGUGAUAUGCCUUUUUUCGAACGUAUGUCAAUGAUUGGAAAUAUUGACGAUGGGGAAUAUCACCUUCAGAUAAAAAAUGUGUCUCUUGCUGAUGAUGACAAUUAUAGAUGUCAACUUACUCCAACAGACGAUGAACCAACUCCUAAGCUUUCUAAAAGAGUUAAAUUAACAAUUAUUGUCCAACCCAAAGACCCUAUACUCGUUGGAGAAUCCAUCGAAGGUGGACUGACUUCAUCAAGUAAAAAUCAACAAUUAAUUGGACAAUUUAAUCAAAUAGCGGCCACAGAAGGUCAUUCACUCCAAGUUAGUUGUCAAAGUAGAGCUGGAAGGCCAGCAGCACAAAUUAGCUGGGUUUUGGCUGAAGAUUGGUUAGGAAAAAGAAUUAUUGCGCAUAUUAUACCAUCAAAUAAUGAAACAGAAACAACAACAGUUUUUAGAUAUCAAACAAAUAGAGUGCCUUUCCCCUCUGCUGGGCAUCCCUUACGUCAUUCCCGUGGAAGACGUCUACUUGCUAACAUUACAGAAUUUAGAGACUUGGAUGGAGACAGUCAACUUUAUACUGUUAUAAGCAAUUUAAAUUAUUCGCCUUCUCGGGAUGAUAAUGGACAUUUUUUGGUUUGUAUGGCAACACAUGAAGCUUAUGGAAAAGAGGCAAAAACAGCCAGUAUUUCUUUGGAUGUAUUUUAUCCCCCCAAAGUAAUAAUUGAAGUUGAGCCGGAAGAUAAUGGAAAGAUCAGAGAGUCUGGCUCAAUUCGUUUACUUUGCCGAAGCGAUUCCAGGCCAAACGAAGAUUUAAAAUAUUCAUGGAAUUGGGAUGGAGAACCCAAAAGAUUGGAAAUAUUAUCAAAUCAUCGUAUCUCAAUUUCCUCUCUUCGAUUUAAUGAUAAUCUUAAAAAAGUUAAUUGUACAGUAGAAAAUUCUGUUGGAGUUGGAAGUUCUGCUUUUGAAUUGAAUGUUCCCUUUGGACCUCGUUUUAUGUCUACAAAUCAAACUAAAAUAAUUGAUAGAGGUUCUGAAACAACUUUUCAAUGCGAGGUUCUCGGCAAUCCAACGCCUAUUAUUCGUUGGUAUCAUGGAAGGGAACAAGAGACACCAAUUCACGAAGGAGCAAAUCUAACUAUCAAAAAUGCGCAGGAUUGGGAGGAAGGAGAAUAUAGGUGUAUUGCCGAGGUUGAAGGCUUUCCUUCAAAAACAUUGUAUCAUCAAUUAUAUUUAAAAGGACCUCCAAAAGUCAGAUUUAUAGAAUAUAUACUUUCUGAAAAUGAAAAGGAUAUUACUUUAAUUUGUGAGGUCCAAUCGAGAGUAUUGCCAGUCAAUAUCCAAUGGUUCCAUAAUGGUCGUAGAAUGGAUGUUGCAGAACGUAUUAGAACGGGUGAAGGAAAUGGAAAUAACAACAAAAACAAAAAUCGUUUCCAAGUUAACGAUGAUAAAUUGGGCAAACAUUUAAUGCUAUCGAAAAUGACAAUUUUUGAUUUUGUCGAAAAUGAUUUGGGGUUGUGGAAUUGUUCAGCACGUAAUGAUUAUGGGGUUGUUUGGGAACAGAAAGAUGUUAGAUUACUUGGAAUUUUUGAUAAAAUUGAAAUUCAAUGGAGAGAAAUGCCUUUUCAACUGCGCAUAGUUUUUGGAUCUGUAAUUUUCUGUAUUUUUGCCGUUUUAUUUCUUCUUUUACUUGUUUGGCUCAUUUGGAGAGGUUGUUGUUGUUGUGAUAGACGAAUUGGGCAUUCAAAAAUGUCAAAUAAUAGCAGCUAUCCUAAUGGAGGUUCUAUUUCCGUUAAAUGCGAGCCGGUUGAUGGCAUGACAGCAAGUGAGAGUUGCGGAACCCCUCCCUAUCCCCUUCCUCAACAAUAUUUUUACAAUAACGAAGCUGGUGGAUUAACAGCAGAACAAUAUCCCCCUCCAAAUGGAAAUAUUCAUUUCCCCCCAGAAAUGUUAGAUCAACAACAAAUGUUAUUUGAAUAUGAACAACAACAACAACAACAGAUUUAUGGAAAUGGAAAUAAUGGAUAUUUUUGUGAAGAUAAUAAUUCUACAAUAUUUGAUCAACAACAACAAAUAAAUAAUAAUGGUAGAAGAAGUAGUGCUUCUACAUUUAAUAAUAAUAACAAUCUUGUUGGUGGUGGUAGUGGUGUUUAUUGCCCUUCUAUGCAAUUAAGCUCCUUUGAUUAUCAACAACCUAAUGGAUUAAUUCAAAAUGGAGGUAAUAAUGGAUAUAGCAUUAAUGGAGGUGGUCUUCCCCGAAUACAAUUAAAAUCUCCCCCUUCACAACAACAACCACAACAUUAUUCUUAUUUUUCCUCUCCUUUAGAAACACUCAGAGAAGUUGGAAGUCCUCCAAAACACGAAGAUGCUCCUUUAAUUAUUGGAAUUGAUUCUAAUCAAAAUUGUUUAGAGAGGUCUUUGUCUAGAAAUUCUACCCAUGUCUAGAUUAAUGACCUAACAAAUGGAAACCACUUUAAAGUGCCCAAGUUCAUUAGUAUUGUUGACAUUCGAUAUAAGCGACAAUUCCUUAAGAGUUCCCAUAGUUUUUAAUUUUUACCUUCCCUUUUGGGCAUUAAUCUAGACUUUAAAAAUCACCAAUAUUUAUUUAAUCUAUUUACUAUUCCCUCAAUAUAUCCUCUCACUUGCGGGUUUCCAACCACUUCUUCAUGGCUUUUUAUUAUAUACAAAUUAUUUGAUUCGUU